GGAGCGCGGGGGCGGCCGCCUCCGCGCAGCAGGAGCGGAGCCUGGCGGGAGCCUUCCCGCUAGUGCUGAAGAAGCUGAUGGAGAAUCCUCCGCGGGACGCGCGCCUUGAUAAAGAAAAGGAGAAGGAAAAACUUGAGGAGGAUGAAGCAGCAGCUGCCAGCACUAUGGCAGUCUCUGCCUCCCUCAUGCCUCCCAUUUGGGACAAAACCAUCCCUUAUGAUGGGGAAUCUUUCCACCUGGAGUACAUGGAUCUGGAUGAGUUCCUCCUGGAGAAUGGAAUCCCUUCGAGCCCUGCUCACCUAGGCUUGAACCAGAACCCGCUCCUGCCUGUGGCUGAGCUGGAAGGAAAAGAGCCUGCCAGUGCAUCUGCUGCCUCUCCUCCCUCAUCAUCUUCCACUGUAGUUUUCCAACCAUCUGAAGCUGCCUCCGGCACAGAAUCCUCCCCAGAGAGUGAGAGAGAGACUCUGAGCCCCGUUGAUCCAGACUGCAUUGAGAUUGAUGUGAACUUUAAUCCCGACCCUGCUGAUUUAGUGCUCUCCAGCGUGCCUGGUGGUGAGCUUUUCAAUCCUCGCAAGCACAAGUUUGCUGAAGAGGACCUGAAACCACAGCCCAUGAUCAAAAAGGCCAAGAAGGUUUUUGUCCCAGAUGAGCAAAAGGAUGAAAAAUAUUGGACAAGGCGAAAGAAGAACAACGUGGCAGCAAAGCGUUCCCGCGACGCUCGGCGACUGAAAGAGAAUCAGAUCACAAUCCGAGCAGCCUUCUUGGAGAAGGAGAACACUGCCCUCAGGACAGAGGUGGCAGAGCUGCGCAAGGAAGUGGGGAAAUGCAAGAACAUUGUCUCUAAAUAUGAGACCAGAUACGGACCCUUGUAAGCACACUUUCUUUCCUUGCUAGGGCUCCUUGUUUAGCUCUUGGACUUCUCUGCCUUCUGUAGAGACUCCCAGAAAUAACGUGUGGAGGCUUUGUCAUUGUGCAUCUAUAACAAAGAUCUGCUUCUGGUGGCACAACUUGGUCAGGACCCUUGUAGUGCCAGGAUCUAGGUUGUGUCCAUCUUUACAGCUUUGUGUUAACACUGCUAGAGCAGUUGGUGAUGCUAAUCUAAGAGAAUGGAUUCAUCCAUCCAGGGGAAUAAAAGUGAAUCUGAUUAGAUUGUUGGACAAGGCUUUUGCUUUCUGUUCUAAUCUCCAUUUUAAAUGGAAAGAGAGCUGGCUGAAGUGCAAAAGUCUCCUGUCCGUUCAUUCUCUCUCUCUUGCUUUUAAAACUUAGUUUUAUAAUUUGGGUGCUGCGGGACAGCAUCAUAAAAAAGUUCCUUUCCCAGUUCCUAGAUAUUGGAACGUAGCUGAUCAGCACCCGUUGUGCAGGGCUCUGUGCUCCUGUUCAGGAGGAACAGGGAAACCACCUA